AUGGAGACUCACGGAGCGGCACCAGCAAUCCAGGCCGGCUCGCUGGUUGUCCAUGACCAGGAAUUUGUAAAUGCAACGGCCAAUGACACCGACUCGCUGCAAUACAAGGGCGGUGCGCACAAAAGCACCAUUUCAAAGUCUCCUGUUUAUUACUACCUUCGUAUCUUCACCUACAACGACUCUUUCGGGUGGUGUCUCAACCUGAUAGCUUUUGUUUGCAUGAUUGCGACAGGUGCCUUGCUCCCAUUGAUGGAUAUCGUCUUUGGCAGAUUCGUCACCGUUUUCAACGAUUUUUCAACAGGAGUUCUCAAUCCAGGGGAGUUCCGGUCCGAAGUGAACCAUUACAGGUUGCCUCCCAGCUCUUCUUUUGAUGUAUGUCUUUGGUUUGUGUACCUUUUCAUUGCCAAGUUUUUUUUGAGCUACGUUUGGAAUGUCAGAAAAUUUGUCGCUGAUUUACAACCUCCCAAGGUUAUUGUUUCUAUCACCGCCAUUCGCACGACCAGGGCCAUCCGCAUGAGCUUCCUACAGAAACUACUCAGCCAAGAAAUUAGCUAUUUCGAUAAUCCCGAUUCAGGCUCUAUCUCGGGUCAAGUGACCACCAAUGGCAAUUUAGUCAAUGGCGGCAUCGCUGAGAAGCUCGGCCUCAUCGUCCAAGCUUGUUCGACAUUUAUCACAGCUUUCAUUGUCGCCUUCAUAGUUCAGUGGAAGCUGACCCUUAUCAUCAUGUGCAUCGUACCCACCAGCCUCAUAGUAGCCAUGGUGACCCUCGCCAUGGAUACCAAGUAUGAAAUUGCUGGUAUGGAUGUUUACGCCAAGGCUGGUCUGAUUGCCGAAGAGGUUUUCUCCAGCAUCCGUAACAUCCACGCAUUCUGGGCCUUUGCCAGUAUGUCUAAUCGAUUCGAGACCAUAGUGGAGCAAGCGCAUACUGUUGGCCGUAAGAAAUCUCCUGUCCUAUCCGUUCUGUACUCGUUCGAGUUCUUCUGCAUCUAUGCCGGAUACUCCUUGGCUUUCUGGCAAGGCAUUCGCCGCUAUGCAAGUGGCGAGAUCACUGAGCCUGGCAAGGUUGUUACCUCUGACCAUUUGAAAAGUGUCAUCUUUGCCAUUAUCGUCGCAGCUCAGGCUCUCACGCAAGUUGCACCGCAGAUUGUCCACAUUUCGAAGGCGGCUGCGGCUGCUCACCAGCUCUUUCAGGUAAUUGACCGCGAAUCGAUGGUCAACCCUCUAUCAGCCAAUGGCUUAAAGCCAGAUCACUGCCAAGGCCAUAUUGAGUUGCGCGAUGUGCGUUUCGCCUACCCGUCGCGGCCGGAUGUUUCGAUACUUAAGGAUUUCGCCCUAUCUGUGCCGGCAAACAAGACAACCGCACUUGUAGGGCCUAGCGGCUCCGGCAAAAGCACUAUUGUCGGCCUUAUAGAGCGGUGGUAUGCUCCUUUGGGGGGGUCUAUCACCUUGGAUGGUCAUAAAAUUGAAGACUUGAAUGUCCGGUGGCUUCGGUCCAAUGUUCGCCUCGUCCAGCAAGAACCCGUCCUUUUCAGCGGAACUAUUUUUCAGAAUGUUGAAUUCGGUUUGGCAGGAACCGAGCUAGCGAACGCCUCGCGCGAGGAGAAGGAGCUUCUCGUGUAUGAGGCUUGCAAAGCUGCUUUUGCCCAUGACUUCAUUAAUCAGUUGCCUGAGGGUUAUAACACGGAGGUUGGUCAGCGAGGUGCUAUGCUCUCUGGGGGUCAGAAACAGCGCAUUACCAUUGCACGCAGUAUUGUUUCCAACCCCCGGGUCCUGUUGCUAGACGAGGCUACAAGUGCGCUAGAUCCGAAUGCAGAAACUAUGGUGCAGAAAGCACUAAACAAUGUGGCUAUUGGUAGGACAAUGCUCAUCAUUGCACAUCGGCUUUCUACCAUUCGCAAAGCGGACAACAUCGUCGUCAUGCGUCAAGGUGAAAUCGUUGAACAUGGUACCCAUGACGAGCUCAUGGCCCAUGAGGGCACCUACGCGGGACUGGUACAAAUUCAAAAUCUCGGAAAGCUUCACAAUGAUGAGCAGGAGCAGACUGAGUGCGAGAUACUGGCCGGAACCAGCCAGGGAGUGGACAAGGAGUUGUCUCUCAUAAGGCCGCACAUGACAACAAAUCUACCAGUGGAACAGAGUGAGGUGGUUUUUGAUUACAGUCUGCCCAAAUGUAUCGUUGUGGUUCUACAGGAGCAGCGGUCUUUAUGGGGUAUUUUCAGCUUACAGGGGACGGACCUGAUCCACCGAGGAGACUUCUUCGCGCUUAUGUUCUUUAUUGUGGCGCUGGCUAAUUUAGUUGCUUACGCCGUUUUCGGUUGGGUAAGCAAUGUCCAGGCUCAGCAAAUUCUCAAAAGCUACCGUCUUGAGCUUUUCAAUGCCAUCAUGCGACAAGACAUGCGCUUUUUCGAUGAACCGGAUCACACCACCGGUGCACUGGUAUCCCGCUUAUCUACUGAGCCACAGAACAUAAUGGAACUCAUGUCCAUGAACAUUGGCAUGGUUAUAGUGAACAUUAUAAACGUUGUGUCAAGCAGCGUUUUGGCUAUAGCAGUCGGCUGGAAGUUAGGUCUUGUACUCACCUUCGGCGCUCUCCCCCCAUUGCUAUUUGCUGGUUACCUGAGAAUUCGCCUGGAGUUCAAGCUAGAUGAUGAUAACAACGCACGCUUCGCCAAAAGCGCUGGACAGGCUACCGAGGCCACUCUUGCAAUACGCACUGUCGCGUCUCUUGCUCUGGAACACCGUAUCAUCGGUAAUUUCAAGAACUCUCUUGAGGGUAUCGCCAAGCGGUCCAUCAAAGCCCUGGGCUGGAACAUGUUCUGGUACGCUUUGAGUCAAUCUAUCUCUUUCUUGGCGAUGGCGCUCGGUUUCUGGUAUGGUGGGCGACUUAUGUCAACUGGGGAAUACAGCUCCACUCAGUUUUAUACGGUUUUCAUGGCCAUUAUCUUCUCUGGCGAAGCUGCCGCUAUGUUUUUUCAGUUCACUACAAGUCUCACAAAGGCACGCGGUUCAAUCAAUCAUGUCCUUACUUUACGAUCACAAGUAAAGCCGGACAUGAAACACGAUCAUGUCGAUGGGGAUGAAACACGAGACGAAGAUGGCGCAGCCAUCGAAGUCCAGAAUCUUCACUUCGCGUACCCCCGAAGGCCUAAUCUAAAUGUCUUAAAAGGCAUCAAUGCUAGUGUCGCAUCUGGUAGUUUUGUGGCCUUUGUCGGUCCGUCUGGCUGCGGCAAGAGCACGAUUAUUGGUCUCCUACAGCGAUUUUACGAACCUGAACCCGGUACUAUUUUCUUUGAUGGCCGCGACUCGACCACAACCCAGCUUGGCCGCUACCGUGCAGACAUCGCACUCGUCCAGCAAGAACCAGUGCUUUACCAAGGAUCCAUCGGCGACAACAUUGCUCUCGGUCUGCCUGCCUCCGUUCCCCCAUCUGAGGAUGCUAUCAUGGCAGCGGCCACCGCUGCGAAUAUCCACGACUUCAUUAUCUCCUUGCCAGAGGGACUGAAAACCCCCUGUGGGGCUUUAGGCAUGCAGCUUUCAGGAGGACAGAGACAGCGGAUCGCAAUUGCCAGGGCCCUCAUUCGCAAAUCUCGUCUGCUACUCCUUGAUGAAGCCACGAGCGCUUUGGACACAGAAAGUGAGAAAAUCGUCAAGGCUGCACUCGACCGGGCAUCUACCGGUCGAACGACCAUAGCAGUGGCGCACAGGCUUAGCACUAUCAAAGACGCGCAUUGUAUUUAUGUUUUCUCCCAGGGGCAUAUCGUUGAGAGCGGAACCCACUCGGAACUUAUGGGUUAUCAAGGAUUGUAUUACGGAAUGUGUCUGGGACAGAGUUUCGACCAAGAUACCCCUUAA